AUGGUGAAAGCGCUUGAAAAAUCAAGACGCAUUGGGAUGAACGAACCUUUAUUACCAGUAAGAAAAAAUCGUGGGAAUCAUUUACGCAGAAAAAUAGUUUUAAUAAUAAAUGGUUGUGAUUUGAAAAGUCCAUUACUGUGGGUACCAUUAACUAUUUGUGUCACAAUUUCACUUAUCGUAAGCUUUUUUAAAAUAAAAUCGUAUUCAAUGUACAACACUCAGUUACCACAACCAAGUGUCACCAAGUCAAAGUACACAAUCGAUCAAGAAGGAUGUCGUAUUCCAUACCUAGAAGAAUAUAGUGAUAGCAUUAAAAAAUACAUUUUUAAGCCCGAUCCCAUCGAUUGCGUUAAUAAUGAUCAUAUAGUUCCAGAAAUAAUAACGCAAACAACUGAUAAUAAAAUUUUCAUAGAUACAAGAAAUCAUGCAUUAGUAGAAUGUUGGUAUGAAAGUUUCUGGCGGGUAAAUCCAAAACCAGUCAAUCAUGACGAGCAAAUAAGUGUUUUAAUUCUGGGAUUAGAUUCGAUAUCCCGUUUAAAUUUUAGACGGCAGAUGCCCAAAACUUUUAAUUAUCUAACGAAUAUAUUAGAUGCUAAAGAAAUGGUUGGGUAUAAUAAAAUUGGUGAUGAUACGUUUACCAAUACAAUAGCUGUCUUAAAUGGACUCACAGUCGACGAAAUUGAGCAAACAUGCUUAAAUGAAUCAAAAGAACGACGAUUUGAUACAUGCCCACUAAUUUGGAAAAUAUUCAAUGAAAGUGGGUAUAUAACAGCUUAUGGUGAAGAUACAUCGCAUACAGGAAUAUUUAACUAUCUGCGGAAAGGUUUUUUUAAUCCACCUACCGAUUUUGACUAUCGUGUAUUUAAUCAACUUUUAGAAGAUGAAAUUGGACAUACAGAAAAAUUAGGGUACAAGUUAUGUGUUGGAAAUGAUCUGAAGAUAACGAAAUUAUUUCGAUAUAUUAAAGAUUUUGCGAUUACGUUUAAAAAUCAACCAUAUUUUGGCUUCUUUUGGAGUGUAUCUAUGUCCCAUGAUUAUUUAAAUUAUCCAAAUCUUAUCGAUGACAUUAAUUAUCAAUUACUUAAAGAUUUGUAUGAAAGUGGAGCAUUGGAGAAUACUGCAUUGUUUUUGAUAAGUGAUCAUGGAAUGCGUUAUGGCGGUAUUCGUUCAACUUAUCAAGGAUUUUUAGAGGAACGUUUACCAAUGUUGUAUAUAUUCACACCUUAUUGGUUUCGUAGUAAAUAUCCAACGGCUUGGGCUAAUUUAAUAACAAAUACUCGCAGAUUAACUACACCCUUUGACUUACAUGAAACCUUAUUAGAUUUAAAGAAUUUAAAGUUUUUACAAAGAGAAAAAAUGCGAUUGAAAUUGUAUAAUAAAAUAAAUAACACAGCAACGACAAGUAAUGGUUUAAGUUUAUUUUUGCCAAUUCCCAAAGAACGUACAUGUGAAAUGGCAGCGAUACCAAUGCAUUUUUGUACAUGUCAAAUAUAUCAACCAUUAAAUGUUACCUCCGAAAUAGUGGUUAGAAAUAUUGCUAAUUUUGUUGUUAAUGAAAUCAAUAGAUUAUUAAUUGGUUAUACAAGUUGUGCUAAAUUAAAAUUAGAAAAAAUUAUAAGUGCAAGUAUAAACCUUGUUAGUGGAAGCAACGACGACAUAUUCUUAAAAAAAACAAUUCCCGGAUAUACCGUUUCAUUAAUUACAACUCCUGGACAUGGGAAGUUCGAAGCAUCGGUAAGUUGGAAUGAUGGUUCUCCAAAACUUACUGGCACAAUUAGUCGAACUAAUUUGUAUAGGAAUCAAAGUCGAUGUAUUAGUGAUUUUCAUUUGAAAUUGUAUUGUUAUUGUCAAUCGAUCUUCUGAUUUAUGUGAGACUAAUUCAAUUAACCGAUAUAAAUACUUCCUUACUACAGUAAAAAACCAACGAAUCUCUAGGCCUAGGCCUAGGCCUUUUUGGGAGGUUGGGUUAGUUUUUACCGAAGGGUUGGCGAAAGUCUCUUUGAAAACUGAAGUCUGGUAUCGAUUUAUUUGUUUUUUUGCAUUGGAAGCCGAAUAAUACUAGUUCCAAAUGACUUCGUGAGAUAA